UGGCCAGCUGUGGUCAGUAAAAGUUCAAAAGUGAUGGACUGUGUGAUAGAGAAGUGAAAAAAAAUAGAGGCCUCUGCAAUGCAACUUGGAGCCAGGGGAAAUCCCGGUUUUCAUCAGGGGUUGUCCCAUAAAUCAUAAGGGUCAGCUGGAGAGAGGCCAAGGCUGCGAGUUCAUCUUGAAUUCUUUCUGAAUCUCACGGAAAGACCCACCAUGCCAGCCGAAGACCCUCGAGCAGAUACAGGCCGAUGGGCCAACGUCAGUUACCGCGUCCGGCAGCCCAACGACGAGUCAGAGCCCACCCCCAGGAGGAAGAAACGGAACUGGUUCCGCAAAUGUUGCAGCUGCUGUUCGGGUCAGUCGGACGCCGGCGAUUGGGGUCCGGCCCCUGGAGAGGUGCCCGGGGCUCGGCGAACAGAUGCCGUCAUUCGCGAGGGCAUGCUGGUGCUCAGUGGGAUUGACCUGAUGUGCAGCCCGUCCAGCAGCAACCGGCGCUCCCACCACACAAAUGAGUACGAAUACGAGAACCUCAUCAUCCGGCGCGGGCAGCCCUUCGACAUGAAGCUCCAGUUCCGGCAGCCCUACGACCCCGAUGACCACCGCAUCUGCCUCGAGUUCCUCGUCGGUCCCAACCCACAGGUCGCCAAGAAGACCCACAUUUUGGUGCCCCUGGGGAGCCCUCUCUCAGACUUGAGCUGGUCAGCGGAGUUGAGAGACACCGGCACCAACACUAUGACCAUCCGGGUCAACACCUCGCCCGAAGCGGUGAUUGGGAAGUACCAGUUCAGCGUCAAGACGCGGAGCAAAGCGGGCGAGUACCAGGCGCCGUUUGAUCCUCGCUAUGAGAUCUACAUCCUCUUCAACCCCUGGUGCCCUGAUGAUCCUGUUUACCUGGACAAGACCAGUUCGCUAGAUGAAUAUGUACUGAACGAAUCUGGAAGGAUCUACUAUGGGACAGAAACUCAGAUCGGGGAACGAACGUGGAAUUACGCCCAGUUUGACCACGGUAUAUUAGAUGCCUGUCUCUUCAUGCUGGACCAGCGUGGGAUGCCUCAUGCCAGUCGCGGAGACCCCAUCAUGGUCUCCCGCGUUGUCUCUGCCAUGGUGAACUCUUUGGACGACAAUGGGGUGCUGGUCGGGAACUGGAAUGGAGAUUACUCCCGGGGCACCAACCCUUCGGCCUGGGUGGGCAGCCGAGACAUCCUCCUCAAGUAUCUCAAGACCGGCUACCCUGUCCUCUACGGGCAGUGUUGGGUCUUUGCUGGCGUUGUGACCACAGUGCUGCGGUGCUUGGGCAUUGCCACGCGGACAGUCACCAACUACAAUUCGGCCCAUGACACGGACGUCAGCCUCACCAUGGACAUCUACUUUGACGAGAACAUGAAGCCCCUGGAGCACCUCAAUGCGGACUCUGUCUGGAAUUUCCACGUUUGGAACGACUGCUGGAUGAAGCGGCCUGAUCUUCCUUCGGGAUUUGAUGGCUGGCAAGUGGUGGACGCCACUCCCCAAGAAUCUAGUAGUGGUAUCUUCUGUUGUGGACCCUGCUCUGUUGAGGCCAUCAAAAACGGGUUGGUCUACAUGAAAUACGAUGCCUCCUUCUGUUUUGCUGAGGUGAACAGCGACAAGGUCUACUGGCAGCGCCAGUCAGAUGGGAGUUUCAAGAUCGUCUACGUGGAGGAGAAAGCCAUCGGCCACUUGAUCAGCACCAAAUCGGUGGGCUCCAACCAGCGUCAGGACAUCACUGCCAUCUACAAACACCCAGAAGGCAGCCCAGAAGAGCGCAAAGCGGUAGAAACUGCCGCCAAGCACGGCACCAAGGCCCACAUCUACGCCGAAAAGGAAUUGGGACAGGAUAUCUCGGUGACCGUGGACACCGACGAGGCCUACACCGGCCAGGACGUCUCCUUGCGGGUCACCCUGAAGAACCGAAGCUCCAUGCCGCGCAACGUCUCGCUCAACCUCUUUGUGGCCGUCAUGUACUACACGGGUGUCACGGGCAAGCGCUUCAAGGAGGAACGUCGGCAAGUCCAGGUGCCGGCAGGUGGAAAUCAGGAUGUCCCGAUGGUGAUCUCUUACCCAGAGUACAAGAAACACCUGGUAGACCAAGGAGCCAUGAAGCUGAGCAUCUCUGGAAAAGUGGCCGAGACUGGACAGGUCAUCGCCAAAGAGCAUACCUUCCGCCUCCGCACACCGGACCUCACCCUCACGCUGCUGGGCCCAGCAAUCAUUGGAUGUGAGACCCAAGUCCAGAUUGUCUUCAAGAACCCGUUGGGCGUGACGCUCACCAAUGCCAUCUUCCACAUGGAGGGGUCGGGGCUUUCCACCCCCAACACAAUGACCGUGGGGAAUAUCGGACCCCACCAGACAGUGACGCUGCGACAGACCUUCACCCCGCUCCGCGCCGGCCAGCGCCAACUGGUUGCCAGUCUGGACAGCCCACAGCUCUCCCAGGUCCACGGGGUGCUGACCGUCAAUGUCACGCAGGGCCCUCCGCCCGGACCGUCAGCCUCCCCGGCAUCCAACCGAGGUUCUCCCGCCCGACGCCGGGGCUCUCCAGCCGUGUCCAGAGCCUCACCCGCUCCAACUAGGGCUUCCCCUGCUCCGGCCCGGGGCUCUCCUGCCAAUAACCGCGGGUCACCAGCCGCUCGGAGAACCGGACGGACAGGGCGACCGGUCUGAGCCCCAUCUUAGUGAUCAUGUACUGUGCAAUUAACAUGAUGCCAUCAAUAAGGGGAGGUUAGGGGGAAAUGGAGGGGGCAGUAAAAGAGGGCUGUGUGGGGAAGAUGCCGACGCAGCAGUAGAGACGAGGGUCCCAAAAAUACACUCCGUCCAUUCAUUCCACCGGCGUGGUCACUCCAUCUGUUCUCUGCUGUCUUCCAUGAUCUUGGCUCUUCUCACCUCAUAUUUUUCCUGUAUUUUAUCUAUUAUUAUCUAACAAUACCAGAGACAUUGACCCACAAUGAUAGCAACAGGAGCAAGAAACUUUAUAGUUAUAUUGACUCAAAUCUCUUGAGUGACUGCCCAUUCGUCACUCCAACUAUUCUCUGCCUUCUUCCAUGAUUUCUCUGCUUCACUCAUUUUUUCUACAAUGGUUUCCCACAAUAGAUGUUUUAUCUGCUAUGGUCUACAUUUUACAUGCUAUGAUCUCUCGGCACCUUUUUCUGUAUCCAGCUGUUCCAUCCGUCCCUCUUUGGCCGCCUUAUCUGUCCGCACACAAAUCACGCUACUUGCCACUCCUUCGUUCUCAAUGCCCUCUGCACCAUUUCCCCACAUUGACAGGAUUUUGCAUCUUCUGUAUCUUCACUGCCAAGAGUUAUAUCCCUUUGGUUGCCAAUGACUCCAUAGUUCAAUGCUAUUUGCUUCACUGUGAUGUUUUGUUUUUGACUCUGAGCCUCAUUUGAACAUAUUUUUUGCCUCUACUGAUGGUGAAUGAAAUUCAGAAAUCUCCUAGGAAAAAGGUCUUGUUUACCUUUUUAAAGUCUUUAAAACUUUUUUCCUUGGGGGUGUCUACACUGUAGGACUAUUGCGGUUCGAAAGCACUAAUUGCCAUGACUCAAUUACUAUGGGAUCCUGGGACUUUCUUUUCUUUGGAAAAGAAAGCCAAAGAUUUUGUAAAACUCCAAUUUUUAUGAUUCCACCGCUUUGAGCCAUGGGAGUUAAAGUGGUAUCAAACUGCAUUAAUUCUCCAGUGUAGAUGCGCCUGUUCUCUCCAAGGGCCCUUUCACACUACCCACUUAUAUCACUAUGAUUCCACUUUAAUUAAUGUGGAUGCAUCUUAUAGAAUUCUGGGAGAUGUUCAGAGUUCUCGUGCCAACGCAAACUACAAAUCCCAGUAUUCCAUAGCAUGUACCCAUAGGAAUUAAAGUGGAACCAUAGUGCUGUAAUUGGCCAGUAUGAACAGGUCAACAGGCUUGAAAUUUUUUUGCCACUUUGAUCACCAAGGACGCUGGACUUAUUCUUGUUAUUAUUUGCCACUUUCUUUUCUCCUCCCUUGGCAUGUAAUUUGGCAAAAUUAAUAUUGUGUAAAGGUGUAUUUCAGGGAAUUGUCCUGAAACAAAAAAUGUUGUUAAAGUGGGGGAGGAAACUGCUUAAGGAAGACUAAUACCACUGCAAAGAUAGGAAAAAAAUAUUUUUUUACAUAUUGUUUUACAAUGCUGAAAAUGCACCACACACUUCUUUGACUAGCACUGAAACUGAAUUGAUUGAUUAUUAUUUUUAAAUGGACCAAAUUGAGCCAAAAAGCGGUGUGGGAGGCAUCCUCGUCACCAGCCAAAAGGGAACAGCAAGAGAACAGGCUGCUUUUGAAACAAAUGUGGAACAUGAACGAAGCCAAAUAACUCCUGUGAUUUUGUUUUUGUUUUUCCGCACUAAUGAAAGUAUUUAUUUGAAAAUAAAAUUGUUUUUAACUCAAAAA